AUGCUCUUUGUGACAGCACCCCGGGAACCCAAAAUGCUGGCGGCCUCCAUGAAGAACUUUUCAUCACCAACCAUGCAACUGAGAUUCUACAAUUACACUGAAUCUGCAAGAUCUGUCUAUGAGAUUGGACUGGAACUUAAACAGACACAUAAUAUCAGUGGAGUGUUUGAAGCAUGGUCACUGCUGAGGCCAUGGGCAUUCAAGGCGGACUUAUGGAGAGCACUGGUAUUAUGGAAAUAUGGCGGCAUCUAUCUUGACAACGAGCUUGUCCUCACACAGCCCUUGGAGAGAUGGGCCAGUCUCGCUGACAACGAGACCCUAUCCACUUGCUUUGACUUUGCGGAUGAUACAUUUCAACUACCCAAGGAGGACAGACGCGACAACUUUACUGACUUUCGGUCCACUUGGAAUGCCGUGCUCAGUGCCAAGAGAGGAUCUCCUGUAAUCCUUGAAAUCAUACAGGCAAUCCUUCACAAUGUUGAAACCAGAAGUCUUGGACUGCCCACGACCACCCAACAGGACCUUGCCGUGACGGGUCCAGUAUUGUAUGGAUAUGUCAUUGCAACUUCCAGCUUCAAAAAUACUGUACGACUGCCCUGCGCAAAUCGAGCUGGAAACGGAGUUCAAUCGUUGCUUGUUGAAGGCAACCUCACCACAACAAAUGCUACGGAUGUGAUUAUCGUUGCAGAUGAAGAGGAACAUGGUCUGACCCAAACAACAGGAAUUAACAUAUCAUAUGGUGAACUCCACAAAAGAGGACAGAUUUAUUGUGACAAUGUAACAAAUUGGUAUGGACCCCAUGAUCGCUAUGCUUGUGCGAUUGGAAACGAGACAUUGGAAGCCAUUCGGAAUGAAACAGCAGAUGCAUGUUGGUGGUGCAAGUUCUUUUAA